AUGGCCGAGGAACUCCUGAAGGCAGCCACAUGUGGUGAGUUAGACACUCUGAAGAUGUUGAUUUCGACUUUCAGUGGCCCGGGAACCACGCCAGUGGUCUCAGAUCUUCGUGGAACAACUCCAGCGGGGAACACAUGCCUCCACAUAUCCUGCAUUCAUGGCCACAUUGAAUUCUUCAGGCUGGCGCUGGAAGUAGACCAGUCUCUCCUCUCAAAGGUUAAUGACGAGGGUGAGACACCACUUGUCAUUGCCGUGGCACACGGGCAUGCCAAUUUGGCUUCUCUUUUACUCACACGCUACCAUGCCCUAGGACUGCAAACCACAAUCUUGCGUCAGGACAAAGACAAAUCUAAUGCACUGCACCACGCCAUCCGCAAUGGCUACAUGGACCUUGCGAUACAGUUGUUAGAAGCGGAGCCUGCUCUGUCGCACCAUGUAAACAUAUACUAUGAGUCACCCAUGUUCAUGGCUGUAAUGAGAGGUUUUGGAGAUAUUGCCUUGCGACUACUGGAAAUCAAUGAUUCUUCUCAUGCGGGCAGUUUUUGCCGUCAUGCUCUUCAUGCCGCAGCUAAAAAUGGGGAUCAAGUUAUUGCUGCACAAAUUAUGAAGAAACGUCCUCAACUAGCACGAGAAGCCGACUCAAACGAGGAUACUCCAAUAAGACUUGCCGUCUGUUACAACAAGGUUGGCGUGCUGCGGGAAUUGCUGCAACAUGAUAUUUCAUUAGGGUAUGAAGUAAACAACCAAGGCAUCACCAGUCAUGAGAAGAAUUUGGACUGGAAGGAGGUGCAGGUGCUUAUGUUGAAAGCUGAUCCCAAAGAUGAUGACAUCCCUUCAGAUAAUCUUCACAAGGAGGUUGAGCAACAGGAAACUAUUGAAUCGAUAAAGGAGAGGAAGUCAACAACUCAAAGAUACACAACAAACACGUCAUUAGUGGCGAUCCUCCUUGCGACAAUCACCUUCACCGCUGCUUUCACUUUGCCUGGAGGAUACAGCAGUGAUCCUGGUAGCGAGGGAAUUCCCAUCAUGUCUAAAAAGGCCGCAUUUCAAGCAUUCCUGAUCUUUGACACCCUAGCAAUGUGCUCUGCAUUUGUUGUGGCCGUCAUAUGCCUCAUGGGAAGAUGGGAGGACGAUAGGUUCACAAGUUAUUACAUCACCGUUACUAAGAGGCUUACAUGGGUGCGUCAACCUUCCAGCUCUGUUUUCCGUGACAUGGUCUGA